UUAACAUUAUAACAAAUAUACUCUAUUUUUAUUUCUUUAUACAAUCAUUAUAAUUUCUCAUAUUUUAUCUGUAAGAUGUCUGCAAGUAUACAUAAAAUGAACUCCAGCAUGGCAAACGUAAGAAAUCUUUUUAAACGUUCGGUUGAAUUUCAAAUUAUACGCGAUAAACGCAUAAAGCAAAUUAAGAGAAUCGCUGGUGCUGAACCAGAAAUUGAGGAUGAAGAUGAAUUCGAAUUAAGCAAUACACAAUUUGUAACCGCCUGUCUUAUUUACCAAACAAAUAUCUAUCACAUAUUUAAUUUUAUCGAUAUAUUAGCAAAAAAUCGUGGAUUUAUCGUUUUUGUAGGAUUUUUUGUUGUGGAAAUGUUUGUUACAUUACCACUAAUGUCUUUAUUUAUCUUCAUGAGUAGUUACUCAAAAAAAGGUUUCAUUACUUUUUGGGAUUGCGUCCCAGUGUUUGCAGGUAUUGGUUAUAGCUUAUUACUUUGCCGAAUAACAUAUGGCAUCUUCCAAGUUCAAUUUAUGACGGCACCUUUAAUUUUAUUUAUUAAAUCAUUGUUUACUGAUGACGUAAUUGAAGAUGUUUCAAACAAUUGUAAACAAGACACUAAUGGCGUAUGCUACCCAAUGCACCCUAAAAAUCCGCUCAAUGUUUCUUGUCCUACCAAUUUUUUGAGUAGAGGUAAAAAUGAAACUAUUUAUAUGGCAACACAACAUUAUUACAGGUUUUACAUAAUGGGUUAUGAUAGAUUUGUAAAUACAAUUUUAAAAGUAAACAACGAAUUUGUUUUCGCUUCGCUAUUCAUUUGGAUUGUUGUAUUUGCCAUAUCUAUAUUUGGAGUACGACGCAUUGCAAAAAUUACGUUGAAUUUACAAAUUUUGUUGAGUUUUUUUGUAUGUUCGAUUGCCAUUUAUGGAUUAAUUUUAACAAAUGAUCCUAUUGUAUCGCGACCACCGGAAGGAAGCCUAGCACAAAUAGACUUUUGGGUUGAAAUGUUAAUCCAUUCAGCCGAUAUAAUCGUUGUGUCGGAUUCAAUUUACAUAGGAACAUUAAAACCGAAAUCUUUAUCACCGAUUAAAGCUGGUAUUCAAGUAGUUGUUUUUAAAUACAUUUUUUUUAUGGCGAUGAUGGUUUACACACAAAGAUGUAGUCAAUUGGUUUUGGGACAUUAUAAAUUUACAGACGCCCGAUGUCUUUUAAUUUUUGGUCACGACGUUUUAUUCGCAUUCAUACCCGACGUAUUGUAUAGAGUACGUUUUGGUGUCGGUCUUUCAAUAUUUUGGUACCUUGUCUUAUUUUGGAGUAAUUUAAACAUGUUGAUAUUUACAACCAUCGGAUGCGCCUCUGCAUUAUUAGAAAAAUUUCAAAGGUUACGCAGGUUUAAAAUAUUGGUGUAUUUUGGUUUUUGUGCAAUCGAAUUUAUUGCUAGCAUAUAUUUUUGUACAAAUUUAAGUAUAAAUACUAUUUACACGUAUAGAUUUAAUGGAGAUAUAUAUUACAGUACAGUUUGUUUUGUUUUUAUAAGUUUUGCUUUGAUGUUUAUUUAUUCAACGAAAAGGAUUAUUGAAGAUUAUACUUUUACUUAUGGAAACCCACCUCCUAAAUUUUGGAUAGUUAGUUGGCAAACAGCACCUAUAGUUGCAUUGUUUGCGUUUAUUUACAUGUUUUACGAAAUGGCUCAAUCAAAGAAAAUAUUUUUAAUAUUUUCAGCUAUAAUUUGGUCAUACAUUCAUUGCAUAAUUAUGAUAUCUCCAGUUUUCAUGCAAUUCCUAUCGAAAUGUUGCAGACAUGUUAAAUUACGAAGGAUGAAUACAGUUACAAAACCUUCCGAUAGUUGGGGACCUUAUGAUACUGAACAAAACCGAGCAAGAAAAUUUUAUUUUCCAGGAAGAGAUGCACGGUACCGGACAGAAAGAUUAACUUGCCAACAUACUUGUAUAGCUAAUUCAAAAACAUAUGCAGAAGAAAAACUUAAACAUAGAAUGAAAUGGCAUAAAUUAUUGGGGGACAUCCAAAAAUCACAUGGUCUGCCUAAAGGAAGACUUGUUUUAAUAGAAGAUCCAAAUUAAUUAUUCAUUCUUAUUAUUGACUUAGUAAAAUAAAAUACUUUUGUGAUGGAUGCCUA